AGCUGUGGCGGCGGGGAAGAGUUCCACACACGCGCCAGUUGCCCGGUAACCACUGGCAACAGAACAAAAGCCGGCAGCCUCGUUCCGGCGGCGGCGCAUGCGAACCUGCCCCUCCCCGCCGCCAGUGCUCUCGGCAGCCCACAGCUCCACCCCGACGCAUGCGCCGCCGCCCACUGCCCUGGAGCCCGCGAGCGGAACCGGAACUGGAAGGGCGAGUGGUUGCCAGGUACCGGUUGCCAUGGCGACAGGGCGUCGCGCCUGGGGCGACGUUAACUGCAGCGGCCUGCACUACCAGACACCGCCGCGGCGGACGGGGCUGCCCCGCGCCGUGCUGCGCUGGCUGCAGAGCCUCGACCUCAGCUUCUUCCCCCGCCGCUUCGGCCGGGACUUCGCUAACGGCGUCCUGGUGGCGGAGAUCUUCUCGUGGUACUUCCCGGGGGACCUGCGCCUCGGCGCCUUCCAAAACGGCACCUCCCUGCGCACCAAGCUCUGCAACUGGGCCCGCCUGCAGCAGUUCUUCCUAAAAAGAAAGCUGAACCCCGUCCAGGAGCUCAUUAAUGGGACGAUGCACUGUAAACCGGGAGCUGCAGAGAUUCUGGUGCAAGACAUCUACUCCAUGCUGACAAACAGGCGAAUUAAAAAUAUUCAGGAUGAGGAAGUUGACUUUACAGACAGUUACUAUCAGGAUCAGUUACCAAUGGUUGCCAGAUCAACAGCAUCAAAGGCUAUCAAAAAUAACAUUAAGCUAACAGAAGAAAUGAUAGAGCCAAGCAUUAAAAAAAAUAGACAGAAGGUUAAUGCUAUCAUCAACAUGCAUAUGCAACAGAGACUGCUAGAAAGGGAGGAGAACCCAAAGCGGUUUAACAUUAAACCAAGCUUGGGAGAACGUGCUGUUCGUCAUCCUUCUCGUCAUGCUUCUGUCGAGAUUAUCAUUAAUAGCCAAAGGGAAAAACUUUCUUCUAUGUCCUAUCUGGGUCUACCAGAAAUCAGAAGGAAAACUUCUGUUCAUUUCAAAGAAAUCCAAGUGAAACAAGCCGACAGAUCCUCUUUGUCUGUGGAGUAAGUAUGGCGUUCCAGGCAUCUCAAGAAAAGAACUAACUGAACACUGGAAAGUAAUUCUGGAGAGGUCUGACCUAAUAAAUGUGCAAACACUGAUUAUAAAUCCCUUAUAAAACCAUUGGGGGGGGUGGGGGGCGGACCCACUGAUUGGGUUUAGUGUCUGGUAAGCAGAGCAUUGUUUUCUUCUAGUAAAUGCCAUUUAAAACUUGGUAUGUAUUAAAAAGUGCAACAAGCUUAAAUGUCUCUAAAGCAGUAUCUAAAACCUAUCAUCAGAGUUUUCCUGUUUUUAGAAGGGUGUCUUCACUGACUUGAUAUUAUACUUGCUUUUACAACCUAGGUCCCUCUUAGGCUCGAUUAGAGUGAAUGGCCUUACUAUUUCAAAUCCUUUAUUAUUGAAAUUCUCCUUUUAAAGGUUUCAGUGAUGAUGAUGUAUGACCUUUUUGUACCUUGUGGAAUGUGCUGAGGUUAAUAAAUCUGGCAGUUGUCCAUGGUGUCUUUGUACCUUGGCGCAUUAUAAAAGUGUGCGUUGUCUUUUUACUAAUCACUCCUUUGUUUGGAAUAAGUGUUUUAUGGUUAAUUUUACCUAAAUCAAAGCUAACUCUGGCUUUCAUUGCUUUAAUAAAUAUACAACUCUGAAGGAAGUGUUGUACAUUAAGAAGUUUUUGUUUUUGGAGAAAUAAAUAUUGCUCUGAUUGGUUUAAAAGAUAUUGCAUCCAUUGUUAAGUCGCUGACAUAUUUCAUUAGUGAUCAUCAUCUUAUAAAUGUCUCAAAAAUGAA